AUGGCUCAGAGGAGGGCUGCUGGUGGCUGCUGCUGCCCCAGGGCGCCCGUGAAUGAAGACAAUGCCCGUUUCUGCCUGCUGGCUGGCCUCAUCCUGCUCUACCUACUGUGCGGGGCGGCCAUCUUCUCAGCCCUGGAACACCCCUUUGAGCUGCACGCCCGGCACCUCUGGAAACAACAGCUGGACAACUUCACCCGGCGAUAUAGAGUAAACCUGGGUGCCCUGCACACUCUGCUGCGGCAGUACGAGGAGGCAAACGGAGCUGGGAUCAGAGUGGACACGUUGAGGCCCCGCUGGGACUUUUCUGGAGCUUUCUACUUUGUUGGCACAGUGGUCUCAACUAUUGGCUUUGGCAUGACCACACCAGCGACCAUAGCUGGAAAAAUCUUCUUAAUCUUCUAUGGUCUCAUUGGCUGUGCUGCCACCAUCCUCUUCUUUAACCUCUUCCUGGAGAGGAUCAUCACAAUGUUAGCUUAUAUCAUGCGCUGGUGUCAUGAGCGUCGGCUGAGGUGUGCUGGAGUCGGGGUGGUGUCGAGCAGGGAGGAGUCAUCCGGCGAGGAGGACAGCCUGGAGGGUUGGAAACCGUCAGUCUAUUACGUGAUGCUAAUAUUGGGUGUGGCAUCGGUUGUGAUUGCGUGUAGUGCUUCCACUCUGUACAGCUCCAUGGAGAACUGGAGCUACGUGGACUCCCUCUACUUCUGUUUUGUGGCCUUCAGCACCAUCGGAUUUGGGGACCUGGUGAGCAGUCAGAAGCAGCAGUAUGAGUCUCAGGAGGCCUACCGGCUCGGGAACUGCCUUAUCAUCUUAAUGGGGGUGUGUUGUAUCUACUCCCUUUUCAAUGUCAUAUCUAUUGUCAUCAAGCAAACUCUCACCUGGAUCGUGGGUAAGCUGGUUUGCUCAGGGCGGCACGCACACCUCAGGCAAAAACGCUUGAAACGCAACACCGUGCAGCCCAUCUCCUCCCACUGCCCUGCAGGAAGACACCGCUACACGGAGGGCUCGGUGGAGACAGUGUGUGACAGCGAGACAGAUGCAGGCGCAGUGGCUGACAGCGUGUAUGUGGGCCGUCGUCUGUCAGGAGAGAUGAUCUCUGUCAAUGAGUUCAUGGUGUCCAAUAAGGUGUCUCUGGCACUGCUGCAGAAGCAGCUGAGCGAAACAGCUCAUCAGGGCCCACGACAGAGCUACUGCCAUCAAAAUGGAUUCUCUGGUGGUGUGGGGGCCUUAGCCAUUAUGAAUAAUCGCCUACAGGAAACCAGUGUGGAUAGGUAA